GAAUGCACCAAUUUGUAAGUCGCUCUGGAUAAGAGCGUCUGCUAAAUGACUAAAAUGUAAAAUGUAAAUGUAAGAGUUUGUGAAUCAAGAUUCACCAAGUCCAAACAAGGAGGAUUCCAAACGAGUCAUGGAAACAUGAGACUAUAGAUCCUAAGGAUAGAACUGGAAGAUCCCCACAGGAAGUGACACAUAAUGACCACAGGAAAUUACUUGGAGAAGAAGAAAUGCGUAUAGAGUAUGGAGAAGCAUUGAGAGUUAGAGAUGAGUGAUGUGUGGUGAUGAGUAGUGUCAAAGUGCUAAACAGUACAUUUAUUCAAACAUCUAGACUGACUGAUGCAUCAAAAGUGGCAUUGGCCUAAAAAAUGUGCAUCUAGGGAAUAGUUUUAGGUAAGAACAGAAGGUACAGAAUGUCUAAAUGGAAGGACAAACAUUACAAAUGGUUACAGAAAUGCAGAACUAAAAGGCUUUUAAGUAUUACAUUAAAGCGUUAUUUGUUUUGACACCCAUGAUAUGGAUCUGUCAGCAAUAUGUUAUUCAUUUAGCUCUUAAUACUAAUAUAGCAUGGAUGGACCCUGUCAGUUUAAAUAUACAGUAUACUUACAUAAGUCAGGAUGUAAACGUUGUCAGAGUGAAGGGUUAUCUUUAAUUUGUCCUGUGACACUGAGUAAUCGCGUGUGGUCGGUGGGCAGGGAAAAUCGGUGAAAAUAAUUUUCCACAGCCUGCUGACUGUAAGUCUGUUGUGAUCACAUGUCAGCUGUCUCAGCUAAUUGCCCAGAGCCAGCCCAGCGACGAUGUAUUGAAGCUGGAAAAAAUUUGCCCUGUUACCGUUGACCCCACUCUAUAGAUGGCUCUAUUUCUCAAAGUUGUGCCUUAAAAAGGUAAUCUGGACGGCUCUAAGAAUAACUGAGUUUGACCCAGACCUCCCACCAGUGGAUUGAAGUCAGUGGAUGCUCUGAUGCAUGACAAAUUGGCCUGAAUGUGUCCCCUUGUUAGGGAAGUAAUCUCAUCACCAAGGAACAACUGUUCUGUGAUGACUUUUAGCAUCAGCAUGGCACACAAUGGACAAAUGUCUGGAGGCUAGCGCAGCAUGAUCUUCAAUUGAGCAUUGCACAAUGAUUAUGAGAUGAACUCAAUGUUAUUACUACAUACAAGGUUAUAAAUAGACCCCAGGAAGAGUAGCUGCUGCUUCAGCAACAGCUAAUGGGGAUCCUAAUAAAAUACUAAAUACUUAUAGCAGUCUUCAAAGGGAAUGUUUUAUGUGAGAGUUGAUAUUUUCAAAGAGGACUAUUGGGUAGAGGGAAGACCAGACAAUAGCAACUUCUAUUGCUAUUUUUUGCUCGGUAAGUCAAUAGUAUGGUAUAAUAUAUUAAAUUAAACAACAUUUUGUUUAAUAAAUAAAAAAGGGGGGGGGGGAGUUGGUAUGAAGGGAUAUUCUUGCUAGAUGACAGAGAUCUCACCCCUCCUGCAUCACGACAACAUCACACCACUUUGUCCUUCACACAGAGUCUGACGCUGUUUUCCUUUGUCCCAAACGGUUGCCAUGACAGCCGAGGGGAAGUGAGUAAUGUGCAGUGUAUUUCUGAUACUGUCUGAGUUACUCAAUACCGUCACUCAGGAACUUCUAGAAUGGAUACUGUUCAUAUUGAUGUAAAGCAGAAGUAGAAAGGAGAUUCAGCAACUCUUGGAGGACAAUGUAAUUCAAUUUUAAAAAAGCAUAUUUAUGGUGUCAACCACACAGGUGAUUGUGGUGUGUUCGUUUAAACCUUUACUGUAUGAUGUAAUGGUAGUUGUGUGGUGGUGUGGAAUUGAGGGCACAAGGCAGAUUAACUAUAAGUGGACAUGUUUUGGUGUCACUUGGUUGUGCUUGACUACUUGUGGCCAUCUUUGGGUAAGUUGAGGAGAACCACAUCAGUUACUGUGCAGAAUGACAAAGGACAGGUCAUUGGAAAUUGCUGCCUAUAGUCACAUUGGCCAUGAGGUGUCUAUAUGACUCUGGCUAAUGUAUGCAAAGGCUAUAAACCCACAAUCUACAAACUAAACAACUGACUGCCUAUAUUGGAUUUAAUCAUCAUAUCUUUUAGUAAAGAUACACCUUGCCGCUGGAUACAGUAUAAGAAAUUAAACAUCCCAAUGACAUUUCAACAGGGUACCGAAACACACACCAAGCAAAGGUCAUGAUUUGCCUAUCACUGUCACUGUCUCUGUCAUUUGCAUCUUAGCAGCCCAGACAAAAAAUAUUGUGGCCAUAAAGAGCACACUCUGAACGAGGAGCAGUUAGGCUGCCUGGAAAACCGGACAAAGAGAGAGAGAGAAAGCGAGAGAGGGGUAUCUAUCGAGAGAGACGAGAGAGAGGGAGAGAGAGCAUGACACAGAGGUUGAAAGAGAGUGUCGCAAAAAGACAGAGAGCGCAUGUCACCGAGAGAGAGAGAGAGAGAGAGAGAGAGAGAGCGUAGGGGCUUCCUCUCUUGCUACGGUUCACUGGGCUGAGUCUGUGUUUCACCUUCCAGCCCUGCAUAUAAAGGCCUGAGGUGGAGGGAGACCCCUCUAUACAGAGAGUGAUUCACCCCAACAUGAGCAGCAGCAGGGGACAGAGAGUGUGGAGUUAAAACAUGCCCAGCCUAAUCAUCACAGAGACACUGAUACAAACACAGCACUUCAAUAUGGAGCAGGACGACAGGAGGAGGAACAAGAACUUGGGAAAGAACUUUAUGUGCCGACUACAAUGCAUGUUCUCACAUUCAUCCACCUCUGAGAGGCUAAGUUUAGAAGAUACCCAACAAUGGUCUCAGUCACUGGAGAGACUCCUCGAGUCUAAAUAUGGACUGGCAACCUUCAGAACCUUUCUGAAGUCUGAAUUCAGCGAUGAGAACAUUGAGUUCUGGCUGACGUGUGAGGAGUACAAGAAAAUCAAGUCUUCAUUCAGAAUGUCAUCGAAGGCCAAAAAAAUCUAUGAGCAUUUCAUAAAGGCUGAGGCUCCUAAAGAGAUAAACAUUGACUACCACACGAGGGAGCAGAUCAAGAGGGCCGUGAAGAAUCCGACACUCCAGUGCUUUGACGAUGCCCAGAAGAUUGUCUAUGGGCUGAUGGAGAGAGACUCGUACCCUCGCUUUCUGCGCUCAGACAUUUACCGAUCCCUCCUGGAUUCCCUCGCCGCUGACGCCGUAAAGGGCUAAUAGGAGCGGAUUAGACAACAGGAGAACAUGACAACAGUAACUGGAAUGUUUGGGGUUCUACAGGAUGGAAGGCUGACCAAGCAUAGAGAGACUGACAGGCCUGUGUCCCUACAAACCAUGGUCGCCACAACACAGGACCACACCCUGAAACACUGCAAGUGGGAUUCGCCAAGAGAAAAAGAAAGAAGGAAAGAAAGAGAAGGAAAGGCAGAGAGGAUAUGAGGAAUGCUACAGAGCUGCGAUUGCACUGGAUGCUGCUGUCUUAUCUGUAACUCUAGGAGUGACAUCAUAUCAUAGGUGAUUAGAUCGUUUUUGACAGUGAAUGAAUCACAGAGUGAAUGACGAUCGAACUGAAACACAACGUCAGCAACCAUGCAGUCCCCACUCAACCGGAGGUGCUUCCUGUCCUAAAAAGAUGGAGAAGAGAUUGUAUGUGUGUGUUUGUGUGUGUAUGUGCGCAACAGGAUGCCUAUGAUACUGUGAUAAGAUAUGAGAUGCAAGGUGGACUUUCACUAGCAAUACUAAAGUACGUGAUCUGGAGUGAAACAAAGGAGAGAGCACGCAUACAAUGGAUACCGGCCCAAAAUACUAUACUGUCCUUAAUAAUAUUCACAUUUUGUCUCUAAAUUCAAACCAGUUUUUUGAAAGGCGGUUGAAUCUUUAGAUUUGCAAGGCAGCUAAAGACUUCUUACACUGUCUAUCAUUGAAUAAUUACCCAUUUAGAAGUAGAGGUUAAGUUGUGUGAGUGCAAUUGUAGACAGAAGGAUAGCCGAUGUCUCACUUUGUAUAUUGAACUUUGAACUCCUACUUCUCUGAUGCAGAAUAUUUUUUGAUUGCUUACAAAGAAAGCACAAUACAAUGUUGAUAAAAUUAAGAUUAGAAUGUUGUACUAUUUAUUACACAGUCACUGUUAGGAUGCUGACUUUUGCAAUGUUUGUAAAAAUGUUCAGAAUUAGAUUAUUAAAUUACAUUAAAUUAUUAAAUUAUUUGCAGACAAAA